CGAGGGUGGAGCUACUCCUGUACCACCCCAAACGACGCGGUCGGGUCGGCGAGACGCGAGCUGGAGCUUCAAAAUUCAAAUCCCAGACUACAAAUCCUUGGCAUCCAAAACAUCUCUGUGCAUCGCGAGAACCUCAUUUUCCCGCCACGCCACGCCAGCGACUGCAACUGUGCUGCCACGAAAUCCAGUCGGGAGCAUACAAGCUUAACCCCUAGGCUCGCUGCUGUCCUAUGCUGCAGCCGCUGUCAACACACCUUCCCCUGCGCCCCCUGGCGCAUCGACUUUGACCCAUGGCAGAUUCGAAUAGCUUGGAAAGCCUCCAGGCGCUAUAUGCAGAUCUGCUUGCUCUUUCACAGUCCCGGCUGUCCAGUAUAGAACGCUUGGGGGCACAGCUUGAUGCGCAUAUAAGGGAUUUCAAGAAUCUCCUUGACAAGAAGCCGCGAAGUGACCAGAGCCGCCAGAGCCUGGCUACAGGGAAGCUUGACGUAGCUGGUGACCAGUACACCAUCAACGAAGAUUUCCAGCAGGGCGCCUUGCAACUAGCCAACGAAUUGAGCCUGGACGAGCUUGACGCUGCCCGCAUAUUCCUCGAAGUCCAAGACGAAACAGACUCAUCGGGGCGGUCGGCCCUUACAAACUCCAUAAUUCGUUUUCACCAACGUCGAAAGACCGUUUUGGACUGCCUGCUGUUGAUUUUACAGCAGUGUGCAGAUGAUGAUCAAGAUGAGGCUGUUCGGGAGGACAUGCAGGCAGUUGUGGCACAAAUUGUUCAGCCGAACAAUGGUUCAGCCAGAUACUCUCAGCGAUGCCUUACCACUAUGGAAGAUAUCACACUGGGACUCCAAGGGCUGGCGGAAAGCUUAAAUCGUGCUUCUCUCUUGGGUCCGGCCCAACAGGAAGAGGCAAGAGACACCAUCGAGUAUCAGCGCGUUAGCCUCAUCAAGCAGCAUGAAUCGAUUGGUACUAUUAUGGUGUACCUGAUUAAAGAAAACCAUUCUGUCAGAUCAGACUUCGAUCGAGUAUUGACUACCCUUCAGAAAGCUGACAAGUACGAUAACAUGCUGUUACACUAUAUCCCUGCACUUGCAGCAUUCAUCUCUCGUUUUGGAGGUUCCGAGCCAGGCAGAGAUCUUAUGGAUGCAAGAGCACUAAAUGAUAAAAUCUUCUCCCGCGUUGAUGAUAAUACUUCAUGGUCAUUGACACAUGUCCAUGCAACGGUUAAAGCACUUUGGCUUGCCGAGUAUAGUGGCUGGUAUGUCGAGCAUUCUGAUGGAAGCAUUCCUGAUGAACAGCUCGCAACCGAGGCGAGCCAUCGAUCUACGCAAUUUUCCGAAGCCUUGAGGGAUGGCGCUUUCGAUUUCAUCCUUUCCGUAUCUGCGGAUGUGAAGGCAGCAGAGUGGCAAGAUCCAGCUCGUCAUGGUCUCCGCCAAUGGCUACAACGGAAGGUCCCUGUGAUAUUGAAUGACAACAUCUCGUUCUCGCAAGAUUUCCAAAAUGUGCAGAUGGAGCAGCUUGAGGGAUUUAUUGAGGCUUUCAUCACGAAUCUCCCAGACGUGCUGAGAAAGCUGCGAACUGAGGAAGAUGAGCAGCGACAGUCAAGCAAGGAGCACGAACAUGAUCUCGAUCUUGAGAAAUUCAUAGUUAUUAUAUCGUAUGUCUUUGAAGGGCGCUCUAAAGCAGCAUAUGAUGGAUUCUGGGAUGUUCCUGAUGGAGCACUCCUGGGUUUUGUUCACUGGGCUUCGAAGCGAGCAUCAACACCUCUGGUCAGUGCGUUUUGCGAAAUGCUCCAGGCUAUUUCUGAAGACGAAGAUUGUGCGACGGCUGCUCAUCAAUUUUUGUUAGAUGAGGGACCACAGUCCUCCGGGAAAAUGAGGCGGACGCAAUCUUUGACCUGGAACCAGAUAUUCAAAGAACUAACAUUUUUCUCGUCCAAAAUUCGCGACCGCCCGGCAUUACCUCAACCCCAGAAUUUCCGACCUGGCAAGCCUCAUAGCGACCUCGCGGAAGCAGAGCCGGAGUCAGCUAUGAUGCUGGAAUCUUAUCUACGACUGAUCACGCGACUUUGUUCAGAGAGCGAAGCUGCCAGGAACUUCUUGGCUCAGCAUCCUUCCUUUCACAUCACCGACCUCCUAUUUCAGCUUGCUAGCAGCGCUAUUCAACCUCGGUUGAGAGCAUGUGCUUUCACGACACUGCAGUCACUCCUCAGUCAUAAGACCAGAGAGGCUGGCGAAUAUAUUUGGGCUUCUCUUGAUGUCUGGAUCACGGGUGGGUACUCCUCCGGAGCUACUGCUCCAAAAGCUUCUGCAUCAGUAGCAACAUCUACUGCAUCAAUGGGAGCUAUACUCAGAGGGCUAGCGUCAGGUUUCGAAGAACCGAAUGCAUUUGUAGGGCUUCUUCAUUCCCUUGUGCUUCCAUACAAAGACGAGGCCGGGCUUCACGAUGGAUUACCUUUCCCAGAAAAUCUAGGUAUCUCGACUCGCCAGCCUGGCAUCGACCCCUAUAUCGAUUUCGCUCUCGGUGUAAUCUUCGCUACGCAGCCUCAAGAACUCAACGAAAUAGUUCAAGUGAGGCUGUUGCAACUUACCUGCCUGGACUUCAUAGCAACUUGCCUGGACACGUUUAAUGAGGACCUUGUCAUAUUCGCAAGCCAGACCAACGUGUCAGUUGAUGCAGCUAUUCAAGCCUCCAAUCUCCUGAACUAUGUCCUUCUUCAUCCUUUCUCAAGAGUAAUGGAGUGGAUGUUCAACGAGAAGGUCAUGGCUGCGAUUUUUGCUGCAGUUCAUCAUGAAGCAGCAGAUAUCGCACGUGCUGCACCAGACUCACCACUGGUUCUGUGUUUGCUCCGAGGAAUUCACGUCAUCACGUCAAUAAUGAAUCUACAGCCGACAUACCUGGACAUCAUACGACCGUUGAUGAAAUCGCAGCCAAACUAUCGACGUAUCCCGGUUGCCAGUGCUGCUUUCAGCUGUUUUGAAGACGGCGUCCUCAACAAUCUCACCAUUUUUCCACACUUGGGACGCUACUGUGGGACAGGGCACGCAGAGCUUGUGAUAGCAUCAUUGAAGCUUCUUGAAAAGCUGUCGGCCUCUCCAAAGCUUUCAUUAUCUCCGAUCGUGGGAUUUGGCAGAGGGUCUGAUCGAAAUAGGGCCCUCGCCGCACUCGAUGACGAUGCCGAAACAAUAUCGAAAAUUCUUCUACGAGAGAUGGAGGCAGAUAUUGACGUCAACCAGGGCUCGGAGUCACCUGCUUAUAUUGUUCAGAUCCAUAUUCUGGAUUUCUUGAGUUCGUGCCUUCGAGCAGCAUCUGGCCAGCCAACUAUUGCUCAUCUAUUACUCGGAUUUCAGUGCGAUUCCAGUGGACUUACCGUGGGAGCAGAUUGUUCUUUCAGCCGGGGUAUCUCCUUAUUCCAUACCAUCUUGAACCUUGUUCUACAAUCCCCUGUUGGUGACGAAUCUGGUCCUGUAUCCUGGCUCGUUGCCUUGGCUAUGAAAGGUAUGCAGGUACUCAAAGAGCUGUGGAGCUCACCCAUCUCGACGAAAUUGGUGAUGUCGGAGAUGAGGGCAAACGACACUUUAUUUCUCAUGUUUGUCAGAGAAGGAGUCAUAGAGCCAGGCAUGACCUGGAAUGGAUUAACACAAUCCAAUCCAGCUUUCACGUCCACAGCAUCGGCGACCUGUUUCUCAAGUUAUCUCUUCCGACGCGCCAUCAUACUGCAAUACCUUUCGGCAGAACUCCGUCAAGUUGUGCAGAGUCAUUCUCCUUCUUUAAGAGAGCGGAUUUUUGAAACCCUCAUGGGCUCUACGACAAUUGAUGAUGGCCAAGUGAUCGAUCACGCCACAAUCUUUGAUCUGUUUGACUUCAUGGAUCCCGACUUCAACCGCAACCAGAAUCCGCCACAAUUCUCAUGGUUCAGUGAAGCUGACCUAUUUGCUUGUUUGGAUGAUACUGAGGAUGUUUCAUCUCCUUUCGAUAUCAGCAAAAUGAAUGAGCUUCUCGUGUUGAGGCGAGCCGAGCUUACCCGCACUGGGAGACUUGCCACCCCUCAAGAUGCGACUAUGGUAAAUAUUCAAGCUCAAGGUCUGCUCGAUUUCUACGUGCAAGAUAAUGAGAUCAAGAAUAUCGGUACAGCCAGAUUGACUGUAUUGAGGGCUUGGGUUCAGCUGACGCUUGUUAUGAUAGAGAGCGGUGAGUUAGAGGGCACAGCCAGGACAUCUUUUGUCUUGCGAGCGCUGCAAACGAUAAUGCCGAGAUUAGAAGGCGAUCUCGAGGACAUAGAUGAGGCUAUGGAGCUUGCCCGCCUUGCCAGAUCGCUGGUUUUUGGACUGACUUUUACGUCUGACUCACUCAAGGCAGGAGAUAUGGGUAACCUGGUCAGCGAUCGGCUUUUCCACCUAUUCCAGGUGUCGCUCAGAGCCAUCAGCACCCUUGGAUCGAACAUUACAUUGAAGGAGUACUACUACAACAUCUGCUUCCGGUAUUUAGAAGGUAUGUCAGGCGUGAAUGGCAUUUCCGGGAUCCAUAAAAGGCACAGCAUUCAGACCAUCAAAUCAGCAGGAGAGCGGUUUAUCGAUUUUGUAUGUGACGAUGCGCAUGGUGGGGACCAGACUUGUCGAAUCUCAGCCUUACUCGUACUCGUAGCAUUGGUCAAACUCGGUAUAAAUGAGAAUUCCAAGUACAUCAUAGAAUCUCUGCAGCGGCUGAACUUUAUCGGCAUUCUCGUCGAGUCCAUACAAAACGUCACCACGGAUUUACGAGACGUCAAGAGUCAAGAUGUCGACAUGAACCUUUCAUAUUGUCAUGCUAAACUAGCGCUUCUAUUGAGCAUAUCGCAGACCCGAUUUGGAGCAGCAGCUGUGCUCAAUGCCGGGUUGUUCUACUCGGUCCAAGCUUCUCAUCUCUUCUCCAUUGAUCCUGAUCUUGGCGUUGACAUUGAAGGCCCAGGUGCUAUAGACAAGCACUACAAGCUAUUGGCAGCGGUGAUGCGCAUUCUAUGUGCCGCUGUCCUGAGCCGGGGAUCACAGAAUCUACAGACUAUUGAUCAGGGGCGCAGAUUCCUGUCUGACCAUAGAUUGACCAUACUCUCUGUUCUGAAGAAGUCAGCUGGGCUGGGUGGUCCUGCAGGCUCCUCAGACCAUAGCAUCGAUGAACUGGCAGAGUCAUAUAUGCUGCUCAUAUCAGUUACUGACUUCCUUGAUUUCGAGGAUCAGACAACGCAGAAGAAGCAGACAAUGAAUGGAUUCACUGUGUUUACUUGAAAUCUCGUACGCCUCCUUAGGAUCUACUAUACCAUAGAUAGAUAGGAAUGCUGUUUGGUGUACUAAGACCCUUUGGGCAUACCACAAUUGGGGGAGGGAAGGGCAAGAUCUGCAGAUGAAUGAAAAAUGAAUGGAGAUGCAUACAAUAAGUUCACCCGAAGCAACAUGUCUGUACAUACCCAGCUGCAAGUUUGUUCAACACCGACCAGUGCCACGAUGAACAUUCGUGUCUCUGUUCCAUUUAUGCUUCGCUGAAACCAAGCCUCUCAUGUUUCCAAUUCUUUAGAACAUGUCAGCCUGGCCGUGUUGAGAUUGAC